AACACGAAGCAGCAGAGUGUUUCCGGCGAGUGGCUGCCUAUGCAGAAGCGUCGUGGGAAUCGGCGAGGCAGGAGGGUGUCUCGGUUGGCCGAUCGGAAUGAGAGGUGUUGAGAGUCGAGAGGGUCGCUCGAAGGCUGUGUGGCCAAGCCCCCCGAUAUAAAGAAGGCGGCUCCCGGGCCAGGCAGCUCUCGACACUGCAUUCGACAACGUAUCCAAGACCCCCCUCUUCUCGACGUCACCUCCAUGAUUCGCGGAAAGACCCUGCUGGGAUUCGACUUUGACCUCACCCUGGUCGAGCAGGAUAGCGACCACCGCAUCCUUGCCCUCGUCCCAGAGACACACCAGAAGUUUCAGAGCCUGUACGAUGCCGGGAUGCAGUUUACCGAUUCGGUGGCAACCUCGCUGUUGGACUUGCAUGCGCGAGGCAUUGGUCCGUCUCAGAUCCUGGAGGCUUUGAAGACAAUUCCGUUUGACGACGCCGUUCGGCAGAUGUUUGAGUUCGCCAAGAGCAACAACGCCGACAUUGUCAUCCUUUCGGACGCCAACACCUUCUACAUCGACGAAGUGCUGAAGGCCAAGGGUCUGCGGGACUAUGUUUCGGAGAUCAUCACCAAUCCAGCCAGCUGGGGAGAGCAGGGGCAGCUCAUUGUCAAGCGGCAUACGACCGAGCCGCCUCACGGCUGCUCUCGAUGCUCGCCCAACCUCUGCAAAGGCAAAGAGUUCCUGGGCUUCAUCCAGCGCUGUGGGGUUCAAUACGAUCGCCUGGUGUUCACCGGAGAUGGCCGCAACGACUUUUGCCCAAUGACCAAGCUCGGACCGCGCGAUGUUGCUCUGGCCCGAACCGGCCGCACUCUCGCAAAGUGCCUCGAGAACGAGCAAAACAGGGCCCAGAUCAGCGCCGAGCUGCGUUGGUGGACAGAGCCCUCGGAGAUGUUCCAGAUCAUUCAAGAGAUCCUCAACACUGACGCCAACUAGGCCUGAGUGUGGCACAGAUGCAUUCGAUCGGGCGGCAGUUUGAAUGCAAAGCCCAAUCGCCACCAGGUUUGUGUAGACGGCCAUCGGGCGAGAUGAGUUUGCUCGGUGGCUGAAUAUACUUGCUUUCACGGCCCUUCGUUGGAUUGGACAGUGAAAGCGGGCUCGCAAGCGUCGGGGCUGAGCCGGAG